AUGUCGAUUUAUCAGAAGAUAGCUGAUAUUGAGGCCGAAAUGGCCAGAACCCAGAAGAACAAAGCCACUAACUUUCACUUGGGUUUGCUCAAGGCCAAGUUAUCUAAACUAAGAGCCCAGCUUAUAGAAGGAGGUGGAAGCAAGGGUGGCGGAGCUGGAGAAGGUUUCGAUGUUUCGAAAACCGGAGAUGCUCGUGUUGGACUGGUCGGAUUCCCCUCUGUAGGAAAGUCCACACUUCUAAAUAAGCUUACCGGCACCUUUUCUGAGGUCGCCGAUUACGAAUUCACAACUCUCACGUGCGUUCCCGGCGUGAUAAAGUACAAGGGCUCAAAGAUCCAACUGCUGGAUCUCCCGGGAAUCAUUGAGGGAGCCAAGGACGGAAAGGGUCGAGGAAAACAAGUUAUUGCUGUUGCGAGAACUUGCACUCUGAUCCUGGUCGUGCUGGAUUCUUCCAAGUCAAUGCAUCAUAAGAAGCUGUUAGAAAAGGAAAUGGAAGGCUUUGGCAUUAGGCUAAACAGGUCGCCUCCUAACAUAACCUUCACCAGAAAGGAUAAAGGCGGCGUUUCAAUCACACACACCGUCCCUUUGACCAACAUUGACGAGGAUAUGAUUAAGUCUAUCUGCCACGAGUAUCGCAUAAGCAACGCCUCCUUUGUUAUCAGGUGUGAUCCCACUGUGGAUGACAUCAUUGACGUGAUCGAGGGAAAUCGGAUUUACAUCCCCUGUUUGUACGUAAUGAACAAAAUCGAUCAAAUAACGAUCCCAGAACUGGAUAUACUCUCUCAAGUUCCACAUUACGUUCCAAUAUCGGCACAUCACGAGUGGAAUCUGGACACUUUGCUGGAAAUGAUUUGGAAGUACUUGGACUUGAUAAGGAUAUACACUAAGCCGAGGGGGAAGAUUCCGGACUACGAGGCGCCCGUGAUUCUGAAGCGAAGCAACUCGCGCGUCGAGGACUUCUGCGUGAGGAUUCACAAGUCGCUGCUCUCGCAGUUCAAGUACGCCCUCGUUUGGGGCAAGUCGGCCAAACACAACCCGCAGAAGGUCGGCAAGGACCACUUUCUGGCCGACCAGGACAUUGUCCAAAUAGUGAAGAAGUAG